AUGGAAAAUGAAUCAAGGCCGAAUAGUAGCUCUUCAAGCGGAGAUUUCAGCUCUCGCAAUACAUCAUCAUCAAAAUCCUCGGUGACCGAUGAUGUUUAUGGUCUUUGUAAAGAAUGUGGGUCGCCAAAAACCAGUGCAGAAUGGUGUAGGAAAUGUAAUUCCGAACGAUUUCGUAAUAGUUUUCAUUCUUGGACCAGUGGAAACAAGGACAUUGACAACGUCAUAUCAACUACACAAUUGACGGCCAUUGGAUGCAGUCAGGUGUUAGAAUGGAUACCUUGGAAAAGGUUUCUAAACAUUAGACAAGCGGGAUUAGGUAGAUUUGGAACAGCAUACACAGUCACCUGGCUAGACGGCUAUAUAACUCAUUGGAAUAAUGACAAAAAGACCUGGGGAAGGUGUGAUUCCGGAAAAAAAUUUAUCGUUAAAGUUCUGCAAAAUUCUUCAAAUAACUUCUCCAAUUUUCUCAAUGAGCUACUGGCCCACAAAAAUGGUCGAAAUGGAUUAAUUAGGUGCUACGGAAUUACUCAACACCCUACAACCUUAGAUUACGCAUUGGUAAUUAGGUGCGUUGAGGAGGAUUUGAAAAUUCAUUUAUACAAAAACCAACCUUUCCCAGAAUAUGAUUGGAAAACGAAGCUAGAAAUCAUAGCAGACAUAGCCUUGGUUCUUCAUAGGAUACACGAGUCAGGGUCAGUUCACGGAUGUCUUCACACUGGAAAUAUAAAAAGGCAGAUGAAUUCAACUUUAAUAACAGAGUUAAACAUGGUCGAUGACUCACCAACCCUAUCACAUUCCAAUGGUGUCUAUGGUGUGCUUCCUUAUAUCGCCCCAGAGAUAUUGCGCGGAGGUACUUUUACAAAGGCUGCCGACGUGUAUAGCCUUGGUGUGAUGAUGUGGGAGGUGGCAACGCAACGACCGCCAUUUGACCUUUGUGCUCACGACAAAAUGUUGGCACAAAGAAUUUGUUGUGGUUUAAGGCCUCAUAUCAGUAAUAAAAUACCGAAAUCUUUGGCAAAGUUGAUUAAACGAUGUUGGGAUGCAAUCCCCGAGAAUCGUCCCGAAUCUGAGGAGAUCUAUAUUUGGGUUCAAUGGUGGCUCGACUUAGUGUGUAGUGGCACUCCUUCAGACAUUGCAGUAGAAUUCUGUAUUGAUAAUGAAGAAAAAAAAGAGAUGAAUGGAAUCACGUGGAUACAUCCAGAGGCAAUAUAUUAUAAGCGAUAUUUGGAUUUCUCGAGUUUACCGGAACCAGAAAAUUUUUCGCCCGAUACAUACCAUCAUAUGGUUUCAUUUUGUGCGAGAAUUCAUCAUUCCGACAAUCUCGAUUGCCAUGUAGAACCAGAUGUCAAAGAUAUUAACGAUAUUAUGUCACUAUUUACAAGACGUCCUUCAGUGUAUAUAGAAGAAGGUAUUACAGUUACUAACCACGUCUUGACUCCAACGAAUCAUUGUUCGAAAGAAGAUCCUCUUACCGAAUUCAAAAUGCCCGGCGCAUAUAAUGGUAAUAAUGGUGAAGUUUUAGCAUCUUGGCAAG